CUGUGAGAAGUCAGGAUGGGAGCACAGAGUCUGGCGGUGGCUUAUGGGGCACUGGCUUUGUGCCUGGCACUUGCCAAGGCUGCCAACCCUGGCUUCGUGGUCAGGAUCACCCAGGCUGGCCUGGACUACGCCCAUCAGCAAGGGAUUGCCAUACUGGAGAAGGAGCUGGCCCGGCUGAAGCUGCCGGACAUCUCAGGUGACAGUCGCCUCCGGCACGUGGGGAAGGUGCGCUAUGAGAUCUCCAGCUUGGAACUGCAGAGUUUCAAUUUGCCGUACUCGCGGAUCUCCCUGUCCCCCAAUGUAGGCCUGCAUAUCUCCAUCUCCAACGCCUUCGCCGAGGUGGAUGGGGACUGGAGGGUGAAGCUACUCUUCAUCCGGGACCAUGGAUCAUUCAACCUGAACGUGGAGAACGUCUAUAUCAAAAUUGACCUGAAGUUGGGCAGCGACACCUCUGGGAAACCCACUGUUGACACGUCUUCCUGCAGCACCCGUAUCUCCAAAGUCCGGGUCCACUUUUUGGGCAAGUUCGGAUGGCUUUACAACCUCUUCUACAACGCCGUUGAGUCCAGAUUCCGGAAUAUCUUGGAGAGGAAGGUCUGCGAGACCGUGGCCAGCUCUGUGCACAAUGACCUCCAGCCUUACCUCAGGAGCCUGCCAGUCACAGCCAGGAUAGAUGCCAUGGCUGGGAUCGAUUACUCCUUGGUGGCACCCCCAACUGCUACUGCCCAGUCCCUGGACGUGGAACUGAAGGGUGAAUUCUUCUCCAUGGUCCACCGCUCUGCUGUGCCCUUCACUCCGUUGCCGCUGGCCUUGCCAUCAGAUCACGACCACAUGGUUUACUUCGGGGCCUCCAGCUUCUUCUUUAACACAGCCAGCUUUGCCUACCACGCGGCCGGGGCUCUGGUCUUCGAAAUCACAGACUCCAUGAUCCCAGAGGCCGUUGACUUCCAUUUGAACACCGCCACCUUCUCAGCCUUUGUUCCCCAGCUAGAGAAGAUGUACCCAGACAUGCUGAUGAAGAUCAGGCUGUCCACCCCCUCUGCCCCAUCCCUGAACAUCAGACCCGGGGGGCUCUCACUCCAACCUGUCGUGGAUGUUCAGGCUUACGCCAUCCUUCCCAACUCCAGCCUGGCUCCUCUCUUCCUCCUCAGCCUGACAGGCAACGUGUCAGCUUUCAUCGAUGUGAGAUCCGGCCACAUAGUUGGGAACCUGAGUGUGGGCAGGUUGAGGCUCUUUCUGAAGCAUUCAGAUGUUGGCACAUUCCAGGUGCGACAACUGCAGUCCAUCAUGAACAUCUUUGCUUCCACUAUCCUUCUCCCGCAUCUUAAUGGCAGGUUAGAGCAGGGUUUCCCUCUGCCGCUGCCGGACAGAAUACAGCUCUCCAAUAUCCUUGUGCGGUUUCACCAGAAUUUCCUGCUGCUUGGAGCAGACGUUCACUAUCAGCCCAAGGAGAGGACAUGAGGUGACAAGAGGGACCUUAAGGACAGAAAAUGCCACCACCACCCCAUGUCCCCAGCUGGGUCCUUACCCAGAACUACCAACAGCUGGAGGUCCCUGGCCCCCAGCCCACCCUUGCUCCCUCCCCUGUCCUCCUGCUUCCCCUGGGCCAGACCCAGUUCUUGGUAAUAAAGGUGUCCA